UUCGGCAAUUUCCAAACAAGUCAAUAGGAAAGCGCGGAGCAAAAUUCCAUUUUUUGUCCUAUUUCUUCGCUCUCACAAACAUUUCCGCUGGUAAUAUUUGUAUCCCCUCAUUUUCUCUCUGGAAUUUUCUCGGAAACCUCUCAUUCGCUGCUCUCCCCCAAGCGAUCAAGGAGUCCUCUACUCCCCGAUUUCGCAGAAAUUUGUUCAAUUUAGGGCUUCUUUUUCAAGUUCAAGGUUUCUGAAGCUGUGACCUUGGGGGAGAUUGUGGUGAUCAAUUUUAGGGGUUCCGGAGAGAAAAUGAGCGAUCACUUGGUGGUGUACGUGGACCGUCUGAUUCCGCCUGCAGCCGUACAGCCAGUGGCGGAGUCGCAGACCGAGGGUCCUUCUGGCCCAGACCCAGACCCAGAAACUGCGGGGCCGUCGCGCUCGGUGGAUGAGCGAAGAGAGGGCUCCGAUGAGGAGGAGCCGCUGAUUCAGAUGGCGGAGUGCCGCAUUUGCCAGGAGGAGGACAGCGUCAAGAACUUGGAGACCCCUUGUGCUUGUAGUGGCAGCUUAAAGUAUGCGCAUAGGAAGUGUGUUCAGCAUUGGUGCAAUGAGAAAGGAGAUAUAACUUGUGAGAUCUGUCAUCAGUCUUACCAAUCUGGUUAUACUGCUCCACCUCGCCCUGAAGAAACUGCCAUUAAUAUUGGUGGAGGCUGGACAAUCUCUGGCACCCCUUUGGAUCUUAGUGAUCCUCGCAUCCUGGCAAUUGCAGAAGCGGAACGUCACUUUUUGGAAGCUGAGUAUGAUGAGUAUGCAGCUUCAAAUGCUAGUGGAGCCGCAUUUUGCCGUUCAGCUGCUCUAAUUUUAAUGGCCCUCCUGCUCUUGCGGCAUGCAUUGACCAUCACAGAUCCUGAUGGAGAAGAUGAUGCAUCUACUUUUUUCUCUCUCUUCUUGCUUCGAGCUGCUGGGUUUCUGUUGCCCUGCUACAUAAUGGCUUGGGCCAUAAGUAUCUUGCAGCGGCGACGUCAAAGACAGGAGGCUGCAGCAUUGGCAGCAACACAAGUUGCUUUUGUACUACAACCUGGGCAACGUAGGGGUCUGCAAUUUGCGAUAGCAUCAGGACCCCCUGUGACUUCACACCAGGAACCUGUUUAAUUUGCAUGUGCACGCACCAACUCUUCAUAGUUUCUAUUCGAGAAGAAGAAAAAAUUAGUGGAAAAUAAAUUAUGAAGAAACAAUGACGUUGUAUUUUCCCCAUAUUUUGUUUUCCCCGUCCGAUUCUAUGUAUGUAUAGAAGAAUUCGCACGCCUUUGCUUGAGCGAGCACCUGAUUGUUAUCUAGAAUGUGUUAUCUUGUUCGCAUAAAUAUCUGUUAAACUUGUUUGGUAAUAACUAUUCUUGAUCCAUCUAUUUUUGUAAUCAUCACUGUUCCUCGUAUU